AUGCGCUCUUACCUCCACGCCCACAUGAGAAUGAAAGAGCACGCCACGUCACUGCAUGCAAGAGCACUCCUCCGGCCGUUAAGACGCGCCGCCUCGCUCCUCCUCCUUCUACACCUCCACCUCGCCUCCUCCGCCUUCCUCCGCCUCGCGCGCGCCAACGAGUCGCUCGACACUCUCGACGCGCGCGAUGCUGCCGAGCCUCUAGACGCUACCGAGUCGGUUAAUGCGCGAACCCUACUUGAUGCUCGUAGCUCCCUCGAUCAUGCCCAUGCUCCCGCCGACAGCAACCGCCCUUCCGCGGGCAUAAGCUCUUUCGCGGGGAAUGGCUCCUUUGCGGGAAAGGGCUCGUGCGCGCCCGCUUCCGCCUCGUUUUCCGCCUCCGCGUCCGCCUCUUCCGCUUCCGCUUCCGCACCUGCUUCCGCGCUCCCCGUGGUGGUGUGGCACGGGUUCUUCGACUCGUGCAGCAACGACAAAAGCGUGGGUUAUCUGCGCGCCGCCGUGCGGAGCGUUCUCCCAGACGUGUUUUUCCACUCGAUAUGCGUCAAGGAGGACGGCAUACGCGAUAUAAGCUCCUCCAUCUUCGGAUCGAUCGACCAACAGAUCGACGAGGUCUGCGCGUCGCUGGCGGCCAUUCCGCAGCUGGCGCGCGGAUUCAACGCCAUCGGCAUCAGCCAGGGCGGGCUGCUCUUCCGCGCGUACGUGCAGCGCUGCAACUCGCCCCCCGUGCGCACGCUCAUCACUCUCGGUUCCCCCCACGCGGGAAUGGCGGCGCUGCCGUACUGCGGCCCGAGCAGAGAGAUUAAAGAGGAGCUGAACCCUGCCGGGUGCACGCGGGUUGGGGAUGAUGAUGACGUGGCGGCGAACGCCACGUCUAGCGCCAGCGUGGCAGCAGACUGGGAGGGGGAAAGCACGUGGCAGGAAGAGGAGGGGGCAGAAUCGGGCGGACUUAGUAGUCUAGGAGGCAUCGGCGAAUCUGCGUUAAGAGUGCUUGCAUCUAGCAGCAACGGCCUUAGCGGCUUUAGCGGCGGGUUAAGCGGGCUCAGCAGCGGUAAUAGCCUAAGCGGCUUCAGUAGCGGCCUAAUAAGCUUUAGCGGCGGAAUCAGCGGCGGAAGCUUCGCUGGAAGCAGCGAGAUUGCAGGGAGCGUGACUUGGGCGUUGCUUAGCGGCCUAGGGGCGGCUGUAGACUUCUGCACACUUUUAAAACCGCAUAUGCACCGAAUUUACCAGCCCUGGGUACAAAAGUUUUUCAUGCCCGCGCAGUUCUUUCGGCUUUGGCGGCACAUGGAUCGGUACUUGCAACGGAGCGCGUUUCUCGCGGAUAUCAACAACGAACGCGGCCCGACGAGACGGAAUGAGACGUACGCUGCGAACGUACGGAGCUUGGAUCGGCUGGUACUGGUGCGAUGGCAAGAUGAAACGAUGAUCUCGCCUCCCCAAUCAUCGUGGUUCUGGUCGCACGACCGCUUCGGGAAUCUGCUCCCGUUACAAGAGCAGCCGAUGUUUGCAGAGGAUUGGCUGGGGUUGCGGACCCUGCACGAGAAGAAAAAGCUGCAUUUCACCACCAUGCCUGGCUCUCAUGGCAUCAUCAACCCCUCGCUCUUUGCCCGUGAGUUUGUUUCCAAGUACCUCGUCCCCGAGCCAACUGAGGCAGCUGCGUGA